GGGGGGGGGGAUGCUAUCUAGGUGUAUUCCAUUGAUCUUGAAAACACAUAUGCAAGAUUAAACCAAGACAGCAGGGCAAUCCACCAGAUAUGCUUAGGGAGGCAUUUAUUGCCCUGAGACCCUCUCAAAUCCACUGCUCCUUGUUGUAACCUCUGAGUUGGAUGGGCAGGGUAACCCAGUCUCCUCUUCUGUGAUCGAAUCAGUUUCACCAGCCCUUUGAAGCCUUUUCUUUUUCAGAUCUCCAGGUUGCCAUGGCUUCCCCCUCCCCCUCCCCCUUUGUAAACACUUGCAGGGGGAUUCUAUCUGAUUGGCUUCUGUUGAGAAUGGCUGCCUGGCAACAGGCACAAAGCGUGCUUAGCAACUAGGCUGAUAACACUGAAGAGCAGUUGUAGGAAGCGGAGGCCGAGAGGAGGACUGCCUGCCUGGAGAAGAGGAGUGCUUUUCCUACUGAACCUGCAGCUUUUCCUACUGGGCAGAGUACCCUCCUUUUCCCCUACCAAAUGUUGCUGCCAUGGCUACUCUGAGUGUGAAGCCCGGCCAGAGGUACACACUUCCAGACUGGCGCACCCACUUUGACCUCAUUGCAACCAAUGCUGAGCGACAGCGCUUGGCAUCCCACCAGAUCAGGCAGGAGGGCCGGGUUCUUCGCAAUGAAACAAAUAACCAGACAAAAUGGGAUGAAUAUGACAACCGCACACGCCUUCUUGAGCGGAUCGAAGUCGUCAAUCGAGCGAAGGAAACUCUGGACAAAUGCCUCACGGACAUCGACACGGAAAUCUAUGCCUUGACUCAAAUGAAGGAGGAGGCAGAGCGUGCCCUGCAGGCUAAGAACUUGCAACUGGAUGUGGCCAUUGAAAAUCUCACUCUGCGGGAAAGUCGCCGAGACAUCGAUGUGGUGAAGGAUCCUGUCGAGGAAGAACUGCACAAAGAGGUGGAGGUGAUUGAUGCUACUACGAAAGAUCUUCAGCAGAAAGUGAGCGAGGCCUUUGAGCAGCUCUGCUUGUUGCAGGAAGCCCGCCAACAGCUUAACUUUGCCCAUCGAGGGAAAACGGAAGCCGUGGAGAUUGACCGGACCUGUGUUUCCCUCAAUAUCAACUCUCCAAAUAUCUCCUAUAAAGUCAAUCCUACCCGAGUGCCGAUUGGAACUCUCACUCCAGAGGAAUGGGAUCAGAUCACUCAAUACAACAAGGAUCGAGCAGAGGCAGAAAUGAAAGCAGCCUCAGAUCUGCGAGAAGCCAUGGCCCUCACCAUUGCCCAGACUGAGAACGAACUCGAAGCUCAGCGCGUGGCCACAGAAUUUGCCUUCCGGAAGAGGCUCCAUGAAGUUGAGCAAGCCCUUGAUGAGCUGAGGUGGCAAGAGAAGAAUACCCUAGAAGAAAUUGCCGAAAUGGAAGAGGACAUCAGGCGCCUGGAGGACGACAUCCGGGCAAAGGUGGUGAAUUUGAAACUGGCUCAUACUCGUCUGGAGACCCGGACUUACCGCUCCAACACAGAGCUUUGCCGUGACCAGGCUCAGCAUGGAUUGACAGAUGAGGUGCAUCAGCUGGAAGGCACCAUUGCUUGUCUGAAUCAGAAGCUGGCACAGUUACAGGAUGCUCUGGAUGCUCUCUACAAACACCUGGACCGUAUCCAGGCAAACAUCGUCUACAAAUUGAACUCCCUGACGCUGGAUAACAAGUGCAUGGAUGUCAGGCGGAAGCUGACGAUCCCUGCUGAAAAAUUUGUGCCUGAGGUGGACACCUUCAACCGAACCACCAAUCGCACUCUUUCACCCCUCAAGUGCCGACAGCUGGAACUGGCUUAGAAUAAUGGCAUGAGAUGUAUAAUCUCUUGAGUAAUACUGAAGAAGGAAUUGGCUUGGGAAGUGAGUGACACAGUCCCUGCCCCCUGCCCAGUGACUUGCUUCCAUGCCAAGCACAGAUGACAUCUGUCUCAUGUUAAGAGUGACAUGACUUUCCUUCUCCCUUUGACCCAUUUCUGUUCGCAAAGGUUGUAUAAAACUUCCCCUUGUUUACAGCUUUGGUAUUCCAAGAAAGUGUGAUAACGAAUAAGUAUGUCCCCAGCGACAGUAUUUCUGACAUGUCAAA